CACAAACUAUAUUGUUUAUUUUGGGAAUUUCUUCUCUGCCUCAAAUAUCUCCAUUUUUAUUUCUGAUCUUACUUAUUGUAGAUUACUUACUGUAAUCUUUUGUAGAUGCCAAGUCUUGGACUAUUAGCAUUUAACAAAGUUGCUCUGCUUAACAAAUAGCUAUCUCUUCAUUAUUAGUGUCCAUUGCUCUGUUUCACAAACUAGGAAAGCCAUCCCAGCUCCAGUAGACUGGCUGGAACCUCGGUUUCCAACUGGAUCAUAUCUUCCCUGGGCUUCCUCCAGCCCUCUGUGUAGUGCGCUGUGCCAUUAUUGUGGGUGACAUUCUCACAUUAAAGUAAUGUGUUAGCAUUGCUAGUGUCUUAGCAGCCGUCAAAUGGCUGGACCCACCCCUGUCUUCCAACACGUCCUCUGGACCGCGAUAAAUCAGACCACGUCGGCCUCUUGUAGCAUAUUGUGGCAGGAAUUAAGCUACUGUUAAGAUGAGCGGUAGAGGAAAGGGUGGAAAGGGUCUCGGGAAAGGAGGCGCUAAGCGUCACCGUAAAGUUCUCCGUGAUAACAUCCAGGGUAUCACUAAACCUGCCAUCCGCCGUCUGGCUCGCCGCGGGGGAGUCAAGCGCAUCUCCGGUCUCAUCUACGAGGAGACCCGCGGUGUGUUGAAGGUCUUUCUGGAAAACGUUAUUCGGGACGCCGUCACUUAUACCGAGCACGCCAAGAGAAAAACUGUCACCGCCAUGGACGUGGUGUACGCUCUCAAGAGACAGGGCCGCACCUUGUAUGGGUUCGGAGGUUAAACUGCGUACGCAAACGCCAAACUUAAGGCCCUUUUCAGGGCCAA